AUGGAGUCCCUCUAUCUUCAAAAACACCUUGGGACUUGUCUAACUCAGGGUCUUGCAGAAGUUGCAAGAAUUCGUCCAGUGGAUCCAAUAGAAUAUUUGGCAUUGUGGAUUUACAAGUACAAGGAAAAUGUAACUAUGGAACAAGUGAGAGAAAAGGAAAUGGCUGAGUUGGAACAUGAGAGAGAAUUAGCUCUUUUGGAACAGGAGAUGAUGGAGAGGCUCAAAGCAGAGGAGCUCCUGUUUCAGCAGCAACAGCUGGAGUUACAGCUAGAGAUGGAAAUGCAAGAAAAAGAGAGACAGAGAAUAGAAGAACUACAGAAAGCUCAAGAACAAUUAGAGAAGGAAAUGAGAAUGAAUACAGAAAAUGUGAUGAAGAGUGAUGUUCCACAUUCAGAGGUUGCAUUAAACAUUGACCAAGAUUUGUAA